AUGAGACAGGAAGAUGAAAAUAACAUGGACAAACCAUUUGGCGGUAAGGUUGUAGUUCUUGGCGGUGACAUCAGACAAAUUCUUCCAGUCAUUCCAAAAGGUGGAAGGCAAGACAUUGUAUCUGCUACAAUAAAUUCUUCUGAUCUUUGGAAACACUGCAAAGUUUUAAAGCUCACUAGAAAUAUGAGAUUAAGCACAGCAGGUUCACCAGAGCUUGCAACAGAAAUAAAAGAAUUUGCUGACUGGAUUCUCAAAAUCGGAGAUGGUGAUUUCGAAUCAAAUGAGCGUGGUGAAUCAGAUAUUGAAAUUCCUGAAGAUCUUUUGAUACAGAAUAGUGAAAAUCCACUUCUUGACCUGGUUGAUUUUGCAUAUCCCAAUUUGGUGCAUAACAUGAAGACUGAAUUUUUUUUGGAGGAACGAUGCAUAUUGUGUCCUACAUUGGAAUGUGUUGAGAAGGUUAAUUAUUUUAUGCUUGAUUUACUACCAGGUAAUACAACGGAGUACUUAAGCUCAGAUAACACUUGCAAAUCUGACGAGGACACUAAACUUCAGUCAGAGUGGUUUACUACAGAAUUCUUAAAUGAUAUUACAAGCUCAGGAAUACCAAAUCACAAAAUAACAUUGAAGGAAGGUGCUCCGAUAAUGCUAUUGAGAAAUAUAGAUCAAGCAGCCGGUUUAUGCAAUGGGACGCGGCUAAUAGUGGCUGAUCUUGAAACAAAUGUUACAAAAGCCAUUGUAGUAACAGGAACCAACAUUGGAGAAGACACUUUCAUUUCAAGAAUGGACAUGGUUCCAUCUGACUCAGGGGAAUAUAAGCUAACUGCUGGGUUAAACUACACUAAAGUAAUGUUCAAUCCUGACAUUCCACAAGCAGUGUCCUAUAGAGGAAGAUUAUUUGAGUGUGACGCAGUUCAUACUCAAGUAAUGAACGUUGUGAUUGAAAGAUUAAAUGCUACUGAAGAAGAUGAGUUCUUGACGCUUUUCGCAAGCACAAGGAUUAAAAAUUUGAUUACUUGCAGAUCGGCAUUCAAGGACCCGAGGAUGAGCUUGAACGCAACAUUUAUCCCUGUUUUUCCUUCCACAAGUCCCCGUGUCAAUUGUUGGACUUUGAACCGGGCGAUGUCAACAAUCUUGGUUAUCCAUAUGACUAAGGAUAAAGGCUCCUCUAGAGAAGACUCUUUUGACUACGUAUGGACCUUCAUAAUUUGGGGUCCAUUUACCUCGGUGAUCCUUUUGAAUGAGCAAAAUCUUCUUAAGGACUAA